CAAAUUAAUUAUCGUUGUUGAAAUGUAUCAAUAUUCCCCAGUCUUAGUAACCCCUUUAUAACCUUCCUUUUAUUUAACUCAUCUUAUAUCGUGCAAAUACUUCAUUUGUCAUGUUCAUUAGAUAAGCUUGAUUCUAAUUAGGGUGUGCUCUGACUUUAUCUAUUACAAGAAUAGCACGUAGUUGAUCAUUUGGAAGGUCUAUUCCUUCUAGAAAUCUGCCAAAUUAAGAAGCUAAUAUAAUAAGUGGUUCCUUAGCUUAACAUAUCUAUUCGAUUAAAUAAAUUGAUUAUGUUUAUUCUCUAUCAAACUCAGAUGAUGCACUUUCAAACAAGAACUAGCUAUAUUUCCACGUACUUUACAACAACAAAUUUUAUUUCUUGAUUUCUACAAUCUUAAACGAAGAAUACAAAAUUAAUAUAUUAGUCUUUAUGUCGUUAUUUUUGAAUGUUUCAAUCAUUUAAGCGGCUAAAUCUAUUUCUAGAUGUUCUCUAUAAUCGCUUAGUUAUUGUACACUCUAAGCUAAAUCAUAACACUUCACAUUCAGCGUAGAUUAUGGUAAUUCAUUCAUUAAAUCAAUUUCUAUUAGAUUUCUUUAUCGAGAUAGCUAUUUAGCGAAUACAUUUUUAAUUGUACUUAAUUACAAUUUAGAAGCAGUCAUUAGAAUUAUAUUUGCAGCAGAAUUUAAUAAUUCGAAAGUCUCUUCUGUAUCAUAUUCAGUCUAUAACGAUAAUUCACACCAAAAGAACUUAACAACUGACUUUUCAUUACACAUAACCUCAAAGUUACAAGUGCCGGUUUAUUAGUAGUACUUGAUAACGCUUUUCAUAAAAUAUAUUGAAUGUUCUGUGUAGAGAUUAUCUACCACAUCAAUUCCUUUAAUCUCAAAGCUGUCUUAUUAUUCUGAUUCCA